AUGAAGCGCAAGGCCCCCGACUCGCGGGAGGAGGCCUGUGUGCUGUGUCGCCGGACUGAAUUUAACGAGGACAUCUAUGGUGAGAAGAAUCAGAAGGAUGGRCUCUGUGCUCACGAGAACUGCCUGAGGUGCUACGUCUGUGGUGAGCGGGGGGCCACGGUGACGUGUGGGCACAAGGGCUGCAAGCGCAGCUUCCAUUUCCCCUGCGGCCGUGAAGAUGGCUGUAUCUCCCAGUUCAUUGGGCUGUACCGGUCCUUCUGCCGGGAACAUCGCCCAGAGCAGACAGUGCAGGCACAGCAGGAUGGGGACAUCUGCUGUCUCCUGUGUUUGGAGCCUGUGGAGGAAAAGCUGUCCUUCACAACAAUGGUGUGCCCCGCGUGCAUGCACGCAUGGUUCCAUCGGGACUGCAUCCAGCAACAGGCUCUGCGUGCUGGGAUCUUCUGCUUCCAGUGCCCUCUGUGCAAGGACAGUGAAAGAUUCCUGCCAGAGAUGUAUAACAUGGGGAUCCGAGUCCCUGUCAGAGAUGCCGCCUGGGAGGCAGACGGGGCUUUUGAAGACUUGUACCUGCGGCACAACCGGUGUGAUGCUGACCGGUGCCUGUGUGCAGGGGGCAGGGAACGGGCAGAGGAAGCUGGUUACUUUGACUCACGAUUUAAGCACUAUCCCUUGGUUAGAAGUAAAGAAAUUGCCAGCAUUUCUCCAACUAUGUACUAUGGAGGCAAGACCACAGGUGUCUUGAGACCCCAGUGCACUGGGAAGGAUGUGUUGAAGGAGGAGAAUAAGGAGUCUGAGCUCCUGAGCAUCGAUUUCUAG